AUGAAGUGAAUAGUGAUAGAGAAUGUGAAAAAUACAUUCUUAAAAAGACAACUUCGUCAUUACAUCCAUGUGGUACAACUAUUCCAGCAGAUCCCGGUCACAACAAACUAACGUACGAAGAUUGGAUGAGGAAUGUAAAUUUGCCUCCAACGCUAGAUGUUCAAUUAAUUUGGUAG